CUGGCGCUGUGGGCGGCGGGGCCGGCGCUGGGGCUGCGGGGCCGACACCGCAUGCGGACCCGCUUCCCCCGCGGCGGCGGGGCUGAGGCCUGCGGCGGCCUGCGCGGUGUCCCGGCCGCCCUCGGCAACAACACGCACCAGUGCGUCUUCGAUGACCUCAGUGGCUCCGUGUCACUCUCCUGGGUGGGCGACAGCACAGGGGUCAUCCUCGUCCUGACAACCUUCCAAGUGCCACUGGUGAUCAUGAGCUUUGGGCAGUCCAAGCUCUAUCGCAGUGAGGAUUAUGGAAAGACCUUCAAGGACAUCACCAGCCUCAUCAACAACACGUUCAUCCGCACCGAGUUCGGCAUGGCCAUCGGCCCGGACAACUCGGGGAAGGUCAUCCUGACGGGGGAUGUCUCUGGUGGCAGCCGUGGCGGGAGGAUCUUCCGCUCCUCCGACUUCGCCAAGAACUUCAUCCAGACGGACCUGCCCUUCCACCCACUGGUGCAGAUCACCUACCACCCCCAAAACUCUGACUGCCUGCUGGCCCUCAGCACCGAGAACGGCCUCUGGGUCUCCAAGGACUUUGGGGAGAAGUGGGAGGAGAUCCACAAAGCCGUCUGCCUGGCCAAGUGGGGUGCAAAAGACACCAUCUUCUUCACCACAUACUUGAACAACUCCUGCAAAGCUGAUCUGGGCUUGUUGGAGCUGAAGAAAACCACCGACUUCGGCAGGACCUUCAAGGUCAUCGGCACCAAGAUUUAUUCCUUUGGGCUGGGAGGACGCUUCCUCUUUGCCUCUCUUAUGACAGAGAAGGGUACCACGAGGCGUAUUCACGUCUCCCUCGACCAAGGGGACACCUGGAACAUGGCUCAGCUCCCUUCUGUUGGCCAUGGGCAGUUUUACUCCAUCCUGGCUGCCAACGACGACUUGGUCUUUAUGCACGUGGAUGAACCAGGAGACACAGGUUUUGGCACCAUCUACACCUCAGAUGACCGUGGCAUCGUUUACUCCAAGUCUCUGGAGAGGCACCUUUACACCACCACGGGGGGAGAAACCGACUUCACCAACGUCACCUCCCUGCGCGGCAUCUACAUCACCAGCGUCCUCUCUGAAGACAAUUCCAUCCAGUCUGUCAUCACUUUUGACCGUGGUGGGGAGUGGGUCCCGCUGCGCAAGCCCAAGAACACCACCUGUGACUCCACAGCCAGGAGCAGCGAGGAGUGCAGCCUCCACAUCCACGCCUCGUACAGCAUCUCCCAGAAGCUCAACGUGCCCAUGGCGCCUCUGUCCGAGCCCAACGCCGUCGGCAUCGUCAUCGCCCACGGGAGUGUUGGAGGGGCCAUCUCAGUGAUGAGCCCUGACGUCUACAUCUCGGACGACGGGGGCUACACGUGGGCGCGGAUGCUGGAGGGGCCGCACCAUUAUGCCAUCCUGGACUCGGGGGGGCUCAUCGUGGCCAUCGAGCACAGCAGCCAGCCUGUCAACGUCCUGGAGUUCUCCACGGACGAGGGGCAGUGCUGGUACCGUUACACCUUCUCCAAGGAGCCGCUGUUCUUCACGGGCCUGGCCUCGGAGCCGGGCGCCCGCUCCAUGAACCUCAGCGUCUGGGGCUUCCGGGGCAGCUUCCUCUCCCGCAAGUGGGUCUCCUACACCAUCGACUUCAGCCAACUGCUCAGCAGGACCUGUGAGGACAAGGACUACACCAUCUGGCUGGCACACUCCAGUGACCCCAGUGACCCCAGUGACGGCUGCAUCCUGGGCUACAAGGAGCAGUACCGGCGGCUGCGCAAGUCCUCGGUGUGUCAGAACGGGCGGGACUACACCGUGAGCAAACAGCCGUCUGUGUGCCCCUGCACGCUGCAGGACUUCCUCUGUGACUUUGGGUACUAUCGCCCUGAGAACCAGUCCCUGUGUGUGGAGCAGCCCGAGCUCAAGGGCCACGACCUGGAAUUCUGCCUCUACGGGCGCCAGGAGCUGCUGAAAACCAGCGGGUAUCGGAAGAUUCCUGGGGACAAGUGCUCAGGGGGUGAGAGCCCCAGCAGGGAGGAGAAGGACAUGAAGAAGAAAUGCACCAGCACCUUCCUCAGCCCCAGUCAGCUGGCUGCAGCCAGCAGCUCCACUCCCAUCAUCGUGGCCGUGGUGGCCGUGCUGCUGGUCACUGCUGCUGCCACCGUGCUGCUGGUCAAGAAAUACGUCUGUGGGGGCAGGUUCCUGGUCCAUCGUUACUCAGUUCUCCAGCAGCACGCAGAGGCCAACGGUGUGGAGGGGGUGGACUCGCUGGCCCCAGGCCCCCUGAGCACCAAGGGGGGCUACCACGAUGACUCUGAUGAGGACCUCCUGGAGUAGCAGUGACCGUGCUGCAGCUGCUGCUACAUGAAGGACCCCCCACAGGCAGAGCCCCCCCACAGGCAGGACCCCCCCUCCUGCAGGAACGACCCCCCCACAGGCAGGACCCCCCCACCCCUGCUUCCUGCUCAGACUGAGGGUGAUUUUGCUGCUGGGGGGGUAUGGGGGGACACAGACACAAAGGGGUUUAAUGUAACCCCACUUGGGGGUUUCCUUCCAGGGCUGGGGGGGAGCUUUUAGGAUCUUUUACUUUCCCUUUUCUGGACUAUUUUAUUUAGGAAUUGACCCCCCCACGUGGCAACAACGGCCCUGGGGGGGGCUGGGGCUGGGCCAGGUUUGUCUGCACCUCCCAGCCCAAAGCAAUAGGAAGGGGGCUGCCCUGUGCCCCCCUGCAGUUGGAAGGGGGUCCCUAGCACUGGAGGGAGUCCCUAGGACCUGGGGGAGGGUCCCCAUGACUGGGAGGGGGUCCUAAGGGUGGGGGGUGACUCUGCUCUGUGUCUUCCCCCCCCACCCCCAGGCUGGUGUUGGCCGAGGGAAAUGCAGCAAUAAUGACUUGAAGCUUGAAGCUUUGUAAUGAGGGACUAGGGGGGGGUCUCAGCCCCAGCCCCCACCCCCCAGCUGUCAGGGGUGCUGGCAGGAUGAGGGGGGGCUGAGAAGAGGCCCACCCCCUCCCCUUCCCCCAUGCUGGGUCACUCCAGGGGCUGGCAGCUCCCCCCACCCCCCCUGCACCCCGCCAGGUUUUGGUCCCAGCACUGCUAACAGUCUCCUACACUGGAAACCCCCUUUUUGGGGGGGGGACACCCCACAACAUCCCCCCACCUGCAGAACUGUGUGUGGGGGCGGCUCUGCCCCUCCCCUUACCCAAAGUGGGGUGCAAGAGCUUUCCCUACCCCCCCUUCCUCCACCCUUGGGUUGUGGGGUACAGUGGGCUGUGAGUGCAUCAGGAUGGGGGGGUUCCACCCCUCCUCCCCCCCCCCAGCUAUCGCGAUAGGGCCGUGCUGUCAUGACACAGGGCUUCUGCUCUCCCUUCCCCCCUUCCCCUGAGCUUCCCCCACCCCUCAGCAGUGAGAUUUAGGGGUAGGGCACAGCCCCAGCACCUCUUGCAUGUGCUUCAGCGGGGACAGGGAUGGGACAUCACCCUCCCCCAGUAAAAGCCAUAGCCCUGUGCUCCCCUCUCCCCCCCCCUGGCUGUUUUUGGGGAGGGGGGGACACAGCUGGAGGCCAGUGCAGAGCCCUGUAAAUAAACCUGAGUGCUCAGUGCUUUGUAUUGGUACUUUUCUGUAUAUUUGCAAUAUUUGGGUUCUUAGAAAUAAAACCAAACCAGA